AUAGGAGGGACAGAUUAGCCCGGGAAUCUUGACUCCUCCUCCCUCACUUCAGUGCUGUUAGGGAAGAGAUCGGAGGAGGAAGCUGUGUGGGAAGGAGCGGAACAUUACCUCAGAAAUAACAGCCUGAUUAACCCCUUCACUGUCAGAUCGUCACCCUCUAUUAACUCCUUUAGUGCUGCUUCAUAAUCAUUAACGCCUUCACUGCCAGGUCGUCACUCUUCUGUGUAUUCUGACAGUGGCAUUGAAAGGAUUAGAGAAGAAUCUCCCUCAUUAACCCCUUAAGUGCCAGGUCAUAAUCAUUAACCCCUUCACUGCCAGAUCUCUCAUUAACCCCUUAAGUGCCAGGUCAUAAUCAUUAACUCCUCCACUGCCAGAUCUCUCUCAUUAACCCCUUAAGUGCCAGGUCUUAAUCAUUAACCCCUUCAUGACCCAGCCCAUUUUCACCUUCAGGACCUGGGCAGUUUUUGCACAUCUGACCACUGUCACUUUAAACAUUAAUAACUCUGAUGCUUUUACUUAUCAUUCUGAUUCCGAGAUUGUUUUUUCGUGACAUCUUCUACUUUAUGUUAUUGUUUCCUACCUCCAACUACAAGUCCCCGGAUCCCUUGUAUGUAAGUGUGGGGUCACUUUCCUCCCUCCCACACAUCAGCCACCCCACCCAUUGCAGCACACCUGAGCUGCCUUCCAUUGGUGCUUGUUUGAAACUACAAUUCCCUGCAGCCCUGAUGAGAAUGAUCUCCCUCCCACACAGUGGUCGCUUCACCCAUUGAAGAACAGACAGGCUCCCUCUGAACACCUGAUUAGUGAUGUAAAGUCUCAAGCUGCACUACAACCUGGGAAUUGACAGUCAUUUUAUAUGCUGCUUAAAAUGAAUUGCGAGCCCAGUCAUCAAACACAGGCUCCUCCUCUUCUUCAGAACUAUCCCCUAAAGCUGACCCAGUUGUCUCCUCUUCUCCUGAAUGAUCCCCCAAGGAUGGACAAGGACAGGAAUGAGAUGACUAAGAGAAUAUUACACUUCACCUUGGAGAUCCUCCACCUGCUGACCGGAGAGGAUUACACCAUAGUGAAGAAGACAUGGGGGGAGUGUGUGGUCCCCAGCAGCCAUCUCCAUGAGUCAGGGCGAAAGAGCAGGGCCCGGGGCCCCAUCACAGAGCCUCCACCUCUCUCACUGAUACAUGAGGAGAAGAUCCUAGAACUCACCCACAGGAUCACUGAGCUGCUGACUGGAGAGGUUCCUAUAAGGUGUCAGGAUGUUGCGGUCUUUUUCUCCAUGGAGGAGUGGGAGUAUGUAGAAGGACACAAGGAUCUGUACCAGGACAUAGUCAUGAUGGAGGAUCACCGGCCUCUCACAUCACAAGAUGGAGUCAUUGAUAGAUAUCCACCUGAGAGGUGUCCCCGCCCUCUGUAUUCCCAGGACUGUCCAGAGGGAAAUGUCCCAGAGAAGCAUCAGGGGGGAGAUCUGACUAAUAAUAAAGUGGAGGAUGAAGAAGAGAGGAUGAGGGGCCAUCACCCGUGUAUGAGGGAAGUGAGGGAGGAAAUUCCAGGAGGUGUUACCUCAGAAAAUUCCAGAAAGAACACUGACAGAACCUUUAUGUUAUCUCUGAAUUAUAAAGGAGAAGAUGAAGAUAUGAUGGAGCGCUCCUCAGGAGAAGACCUCCUUACCCCUAAUGUCCAUCCAGAUCUAUCCUAUAAUAACCCCCCUGAUCAUGAGGAACCUUCUCCUGACCAACCACACAUUGUUACCACAAGGACAGAGCAAAAAGGAGGGAGAAAGAUUCAGAGUGAUGAAUGUGGAAAACAGUUUCCAAAAAGUUCAAGUCUUUUUACACAAAUAGGAAUUCUCACAGGAGAGAAGCUGUAUUCAUGUUCAGUAUGUGGGAAAUGUUUUAUAUACAAAUCAAAGCUUGUCAUACAUGAGAGAAGUCACACCGGAGAGAAGCCAUAUUCGUGUUUAAUAUGCGGGAAAUGUUUUACCCGUAAAUCACAUCUUGCCACACAUGAAAGAAGUCACACAGGAGAGAAGCCAUAUUCAUGUUCAGAAUGUGGAAAAAGUUUUAUAAAUCAAUCCACACUUAUUAUACAUGCUAGAAUUCACACAGGAAAAAAGCCACAUUCGUGUUCAGAAUGUGGGAAAUGUUUUACUCAAAAAUCCCAUCUUGUUAAACACAAGAGAAGUCACACAGGAGAGAAGCCACAUUCAUGUUCAGAAUGUGGAAGAUGUUUUACAAAUAAAUCAUAUCUUGUUACACAUCGAAGAAGUCAUACAGGAGAAAAGCCAUAUUCAUGUUCAGAAUGUGGGAAAUGUUUUAUAACACAAUCAACACUGGUUAUACAUGAAAGAAUCCACACAGGAAAGAAGCCAUAUUCAUGUCAAGAAUGUGGGAAAUACUUUUCUGAUAAAUCACAGCUUGUUUUACAUGAGAGAAGCCACACUGGAGUAAAACCAUAUUCAUGUUCAGAAUGUGGGAAAUGUUUUACAAAACAAUCAAAACUUGUUGUACAUGAAAGAAGUCACACAGGAGAAAAGCCAUUUUCAUGUUUAGAAUGUGGGAAAUGUUUUACAGAAAAAUCUGGUCUAGUUAAACACGAGAGAAUGCACACAGGAGAGAAGCUACAUUCAUGUUCUGAAUGUGGCAAAUGUUUCAUAAAUCAAUCAAACCUUGUUAUACAUAAGAGAACUCACACAGGAGAUAAGCCAUAUUCAUGUUCAGAAUGUGGAAAAUGCUUUAUAGAUAAAUCACAGCUUGUUUUACACGAGAGGAGUCACACAGGAGAGAAGCCGUAUUCAUGUACAGAAUGUGGGAAAUGUUUUACAAAUCAAUCAAGUCUUGUUGUACAUGAAAGAAAUCACACAGGAGAGAAGCCAUAUUCAUGUUCAGAAUGUGGAAAAUGUUUUACAAAAAAAUCAAGUCUCGUAUUACAUCAGAGAAGUCACACAGGAGAGAAACCAUAUUUAUGUUUAGAAUGUGGAAAAUGUUUUACCCAAAAAUGCCAUCUUGUUAAACAUGAAAGAAUUCACACUGGGGUGAAGCCGUUUUGCUGUAUAGAAUGUGGGAAAUGUUUUGCACAUAAAUGUAAUCUUGUUAAACAUGAGAUAACUCACACAAGAGAGAAGCAGUUUUGAUAUUUUAUAUGUGUAAAAUGUUUAACAAUGAACACACAAUUCUUAAAAAAAAGAAGCCAUUUUUUAAAAUCUUUUUGCAUAGCAUUUAGAGCUGUCCAGUACAGCAACCCCAUAUAUAUAUAUAUAUAUAUAUAUAUAUAUAUAUAUAUAUACACAGACAACAAUAGACUAGAGAGCCCCUUAUUGACUUGUAUUGAAUCGUUUUUUCGCCAGGGAGUACAAGUACUUCCUCUAGGGCUUAAUGCUCAACUAUACCUAAAAAUGGUAAAAAGAAAGAACAUAAACACUGCUUAAUACUAAAAAUAGGGAAAACUAUAAAGCUUUCUGUUUGUACACUAUAUCUCUUUUAGUGGAGAGUAUUCCAUACAUUAUUUAUCCACACACUUAAUAAAUCUGUUCAAAACAACUCGCAAGUGGAAAAGGCCACUUUUUGGACAAAAUAAAAAUUAUAUAUAUGUGUGUUAUAUAUGUGUGUAUUAUAUAUAUAUAUAUGGUAAACUGUUUUACCAAAAUAUUUACCUGGAAAGCAAUGGCAACAGCGACAAAGUGGUUGACAGCUGCCGGAAUUCCCUCAUAAUGCCUUGCAGUCAGGCAUGUGUGUGUUUUUUUUGUAUAUGUGAUUGAUUGCUAAUAAAGUUAUU